AUGACCGCGCUCGCGCCGCGGGGCCCGCGCUCGCUCUGCGCACCCCCUCCCCGGCCCAUCACCCUAUCGCCUAGCAACGCCCCCUCGCGCGCCGUCAUUGGACCAGCUAGCACGCCCCCGGCUCCCUAUUGGCCGGGAUGGAGACCCGGGCCACGCCCCGGCUCUGAGCAGCCAGCCGCGUGGAGCCCGGAGGCAAGCUCUUGUAUGGGUCGGUCCCCGGUCACCCCUGCACACCCACGCCCCACUGCGCCCCACAGUGACCCCAGUGUGGCCCAAGUGCACCCAGCCCCCAAGAACCGCCCCCGCGGCGCCCGCGCACAUGCAGCGGCAGACACGCGGGUGGACAGGGCGCGGGACGGGUCCGGCGCCCCAGGAGGAUGCGGGCCGUGGGGGCGGGGACGGAAGUCGGGGGGCGGGGGACCAGACGCGUGUCCCCGCCCCCCCGGUGGCUCGCCCCUUGUCCCCAAGGACCCCCCCCAGCUGGCCCCCGUCCGUGCGCGUCCCCGAGCAGGGUCCCGGCGGCGGCGCGCACGGGGAUCACCCCACUCUCCGCGGUGCGCCGGGCCCUGGGGCGCAGCCCCGACGCUCAUUGGCCUGGGCGGCGCAGCCAAGCUGUCAGCCCAUGUGGCGUGGCCGCCCGGGGAUGGCCGCAGUUUAAAUAGCGUCGGCGCCGAGCUAGAGGGAGCCAGAGAGAAAGGCGCCGCGGCCUCUGCUCCGCCCGCCUCCGCGCUCCAUCCUUCCCUCCGCGCCGCCGCCGAGCGCUCGCCGCCCGCACCCGCCGCACCCGCCGCCCCGCAGGUACGAGCGGUCGGGCCCCGGGAAGGCCGGGCCCCAGGCGGAGCCGGGGAUGGGGCCGCGCCGGGGGCUGGGGAAACCACGAGGCUGAGCGGUUGGGGACGGGGCUUGAGGACCACGAGGUUGGGGACAGAGCUGGGGCUGGGGGCCCACGAGGCAGGGAGGGCGGGCGUGCUCCACGAGGUUGGGGGGCCAGGACCGGCGGAAUGGUGA